GUCAACCAAAAUUUGAUUAUGAGGUAUAUGCGUUCUCCGUAGAGGCCUUUUGCUCAAUACAAGAUUUAGUUCGUGGUCCCCCAAUUCUACCAAGUUUGAUCCCGAUAGAGUUAUACAUCUUCAGAAAAAACAUGAUGAACGCAAUAAGGGGACUCAUCGGUGCUCCUCUUUCUCUACCAAAUUUAGCCCCUAAGGCUGGAGACAUGAUUGUUCAGUUGGUGGAAAACACAGCCGCACACACAGGUCCUCUUGUGGAAAAUUUAAGUGAUGAACCACAUGUCGAAGAUGACAAGAAAAGUGGGUCCAAUAUCAUGAAUACCAAUAAGUCACUCACGAUGAAGGGGGAAAUUGUUGUUCAUCCGGUAUGUAUUUCCGAUGAUGAUUUUGUUAUUGUUACUGAUCCUGUUCCUACAGACGAUGUUCAUGAGGAUGCACGCCAUCAAGGCCGCGAGGAAGUUUUUGGGGACAUUCUAAUUGUUUAUGGAUGCACAGAAAACUUUAGAAUUCCUGAUGCUGAG